AUGAUCGGGUUAUGCAGAUUGGCAGAAUCUCAGAGAAGAGCCCUCUGCUCACUCCGCCUCGCCCCUGGUUCCUACCCUGGGCGAUUGAUUCGCUGGAAUCGUCUGGGCCCGGGUGGAUCCCGGGGAGACUCCCUGCCCCCACGGCAAGAUCCCCCGGGGACUCAGUGCACCCUGACACAAGGAAGCCCCUUCCCCGAGCGAAGGCAGCCGCGGGUCGUUUCCCGCCGGGAAGGGGCGGCCGGGCGGGGGCGGGCAGGCCGGGUGCCCCGCGGCGCGCUUCCGUCGGGCGCCUAUUUAGGGCUCCGAGCGCGGAGAGCCGCUGGGGCUGCGCUCACGGUGGCUCCGAGAGGCGAAGUGCUGGACGGCUGCAUGUACCCGGCCUGCGCUCCCUUUCCGUGCCCCUAUCCCCAUUUGCCCGCCGCUAAGGGCAAGGGCGUGGCGGGCGGGGGCGGCCGACGGCCCCGAGAGCAGGGCUGUGUCCCCGGGUCCUGCGCGGCGGAGCCCCCAGCGCUCUUGCCCGGGCCCGGGCAGCUCAAGGCCGCUGCGUACUUCGACAGCUACCAGCGGGCGCAGCUGAUGGCGCUGCUGUCGCAGGGCAUCGCGGGCCUGUCGCCGCUGCCCCGCCGGGCCGGCAGCCGCGACGUGGCGGUGCAGGUAAAUCCGCGCUGCGACGCCUCGGUGCAGUGCUCGCUGGGGCGCCGCACGCUGCCGCCCAAGACCCGCGACCCCGCCCCCCCGGGCGGCCCAGACGGCGGCUUGGCCUCCCAGCAGCCAGCCUGCAACGGCCCCGGGAAGGGCAGCCCGCCGAACGGCACCCGGCGCUCCGUGCGCUUCCCGCGCUCCGUUGCCCUCUACUCGCCCUUCACCUCGCAUCGCGUCCCCGCCCCGCUGAAAAGGACGGCGGCCGCGGACGGCGCCUGGCGGCCCGAGACCCCCGACGGCCAGCCCUCCCCGCCUCGCAACCCCGACGCGGGACGGAGAGGCGGCUCGGCGGCGAGGAAGAGGCUGCAGUCCCGGGAGCGCGGGUCCCCCGUCGCGGUGCCCGCCAGCUGCGAACGGCCGGUGGACUCGCCGGGGCCGCAGCCGCAGCCGCAGCCGCAGCCGCAGCCGCAGCCGCAGGAGGCCGAAGGGGACGUGGCUCCCCCGCAGGACGCGCCCACGAGUCCGGAGCCGCCCCCGGCACAGGGGAAGGACGAAGAAGCCUCGGGCGAGGAGACUGAGCACCGGAACCUCGAGGCGAGCCCACGUCUGCGCUUCCAGUUCUUAGAGCAGAAAUAUGGCUUCUACCACUGCAAGGACUGUAACAUCCGGUGGGAAAGCGCCUAUGUGUGGUGUGUGCAGGGCACGAAUAAGGUUUACUUCAAGCAGCUUUGCAGAAAUUGUCAGAAGUCUUACAAUCCUUACCGGGUGGAGGAUAUCACCUGUCAAAGCUGUAAAAAGAUGAUCUGUUCCUGCUCCAUCAGGGUCCGCCACACUGACCCCAAAAGGUCUCAUCGCCAAGAUCUGUGUGGCAGAUGCAAAGGCAAACGCCUGUCUUGCGACAGCACGUUCAGCUUCAAAUAUAUCGUUUAA